CGUCAUCCAGUACUGUGGCACCUGCUUUUACAGUGCCCUUCUUGAAGCUUCUGAAGAUGCGAUGGAGUGUAAAACCUGUGAGCUGAGACAACGUCAGUACUAUUGCGCAAACUGUCUGAGAAACCAUCUACGCGAUUUCCGCCUUCAAAUUCAUCAUUUUUCCUCAGACAGAAAUGACCAUGUUGCUCGUGCAUCCCGGGCAUUCAAGUCUAUUGAAUCUGGUCGCCUCCUUCGUGCAGAGAUUGCACGAGUGGACCACAACCUCGACCAAUUAGCAGAUAGCCUUGCUAAAGUGAGAAGAGACUGCGAGAGCAAGCGCGACCGCCUCCGUACCCUCCGAGAGACCCUUGCUCAACGCAGACGCACACUUAACGCUGCACGCCUCCUUCCACCCCAAUCACAAACACUUACCAAGGAAUCUCAGGAGCUCUCUGUCCUGAGCCAAACUAUUGCUAGAGCGCGCUCAGGCCUCGUCCAGGAGCUAGUGGAGGUAUUUAAUGUCGUCGAAGUUGGUGGACGACCUGCAGUAGGCGGACGACCAGGCGCAAGGGGAGAAUGGACUGUUAGCGGACUGGUUCUUCCAGUACCGGGAGAUGUUAGACGAUACCCACCGGAUCACAUCAACGCCGUGAUAACACAUACCAUUCACUUUCUGGGACUUCUUACUUUCUACCUAGGCAUCAAACUCCCUUUUGAAGUUUCGUGGUCUUGCAAAAGAUUUGGUGUCGGUAUGCCUUGGAUCGGAGCAGGACGAGGGAGUGAAUCUUGGGCAAAAUGGACAGCCCAACACCCUUUGCACCUCACCUCAAUCCUUCCUCUACUCCAUCUUCUCCUCUCCUCCUCGCCAUCUCCUACACCACCCGCCUCACUAGCUGACUCAGAAGCUCCAGAACAAGCUCCAGCACACGGCCAAAACCAAUCGUUCACGACCGGCCUUGCAAUGCUUCUCUACAAUGUGUGUUAUCUUGCUCAUAGCCAAGGUGUCGAGAUUCCUUUGUCCCAGGCGGGCGAUGCAUUGAGUAAUUUGUGGGCUGUUUGCUGUAGUGGAGAGCUUGGGCGUCGAUCGCACUCUACCACCCCGCUCCUCUUACCUCCAACCCCUCCCUCAUUUACGCUCGACUUUGCCCAGGUCCUUCAAGCCACUGCUGCUAGUCCUGCUCGGGCAGCACGAAUACGGCCGGGACGUUCAGCGCAAGAAGCUGGCAUCAGUAGAAUGAGGAGUGAACGUAUCAUAGAGGAGGAAGAUGGCUGGGAUGUGGUGGAGCUUGGUGGAGAAGAGGGAUUUGGAUAGAUGCACGAGCUGGGAGAGAUGGUCAGUGAUUAGAUGGUGACUUGAUGUUUGGGACAGUUCGAAUUAUGACUCCGCAGGAGACCAUUGGAUUUGCAUUAAUUUUGGUGAGUGCAUGUGUACAUAAACAAUUGGCAUCGGCCUGUAUCUUAUCCUGCUAGCUCUGUAUCUACUUAGAAGCCUAUGAUCAUAGCGCUGGCAAGCAUAUAUCUCGUACUCAUAUAUUGCUCAUAUAUCUUGCAUCUUGGGACGCGUAUUUGGUUUCACUACUCACAGGGCCAGUUCAAAAAAAAA